CCGUGAUUUAGAUCAAACCCAGUAGUGUGCAUUGUGCGAGCAAUACGUGAGGCAGCGAGGGGAACAACGGGAUUUUAUAACAUGAGGAUAAUUUUGUUAUUUUUUACAGAAGUUUGCUUUAUGUAGGACUAUAGCCUACACACAAAGACAUUUGUCUGAAUUUGCUGCAGCUCAAGGAUAGCCACUGUAAGAGGAACAGCUGCGAACAUUUAGGACGUAGAUGAUCCCGUGGAAAACUUGAGAAGAGUUUUUGUUGAACAGAUUUCUGAGUUUGGGCUGGAAAAGGACGGUAUUCUGUUAAACGACUCGACUGUAAGAUUUUUUCUGCAGUCCAUAAUUUUUUUUCUUAGUUCACUGGCUGUGAGAGACGACGCAAGGGAACCCUGCACAGACCAUUCGUUUAAUUUUCCAACCCGCAAAUAGAUUUUCCCUGAACGUCCAUUUGAGUAACAUGCGCGUGUGGAGACCACGAGCAGCCUUCCGCCGUGUUGCUUGAGAAGCGCAGCGCGAGCACGCGAGGACAGCAGAAGAAUUUUAAUCUUAUUUGAUCAGAAAACGCCGGGGAAAGUUUUUUCCCCACUCAACAUCUGAAAGACUCUUUUAUCCGCACUUGGAUACGCGGGAGAUCCGUUUUUUCCAAUCUAGUGAGAACUUGAAGUUCCAUUUUUUAUUAUCGAACAUGGCGGUAUCGAAUGACUGGGUACAAGCGAGUGGACUAGCUGUUGCCCUGAUAUGCUUGAUUUUGCAGCCGUGUUCUGGACAGUAUCAUGGGGAGAAGGGCAUUUCAAUUCCCGAGCAUGGGUUUUGUCAGCCAAUUUCUAUACCACUUUGCACAGACAUUGCUUACAACCAAACCAUUAUGCCAAAUCUUUUGGGUCACACCAACCAGGAGGACGCUGGUCUGGAGGUACACCAGUUUUACCCCCUGGUCAAAGUGCAGUGUUCCAUGGACUUAAAAUUUUUCCUAUGCUCCAUGUACGCCCCGGUGUGCACCGUGCUGGAGCAGGCGAUCCCGCCGUGUCGCUCGUUGUGUGAGCGGGCCAGGCAGGGGUGCGAGGCGCUGAUGAACAAAUUCGGCUUUCAGUGGCCCGAGCGGCUGCGAUGCGAGUAUUUCCCAGUUCACGGAGCAGGGGAGAUCUGCGUGGGACAGAACACCUCAGACACGGGGAGCCCUACGUCCGACCCGACGCCUUUCCAGCCGGAAUUAAUCACACAUCCGAACAUUGUGCGUCCCCCUCACCAGUUCUCUUGCCCUCUCCAGCUCGAGGUGCCCCCGUAUCUGAAUUACUACUUCAUGGGAGUGAAAGACUGCGGGGCUCCCUGCGAACCCACCAAACCCAAUGGACUCAUGUACUUUCGGGAGGAAGAGGUUAAGUUCGGCAGGCUCUGGGUUGGAAUUUGGUCAAUUUUGUGCUGCGUGAGUACUCUUUUUACCGUGCUCACCUAUCUAGUGGACAUGAGGCGUUUCCGCUACCCGGAGAGGUGCAUAAUAUUUCUUUCUGGCUGCUACUUUAUGGUGGCUGUGGCUUACGCAGCGGGAUUCUUCUUGGAGGAUAAAGUUGUGUGCAUUGACAAAUUCAACGACGACGGUUACAAAACCGUUGCACAGGGCACCAAGAAGGAGGGCUGCACCAUCCUGUUCAUGAUCCUGUACUUUUUCGGCAUGGCGAGCUCCAUUUGGUGGGUCCUCCUUUCGCUCACAUGGUUCCUCUCCGCCGGCAUGAAGUGGGGUCACGAGGCCAUCGAAGCCAACUCUCAAUACUUCCACCUCGCCGCCUGGGCCGUGCCUGCGGUUAAAACCAUUACCAUCCUCGCCAUGGGCCAGGUUGACGGAGACAUCCUGACCGGCGUCUGCUACGUGGGUAUCUACAACGUGGACGCCCUGCGCGGCUUCGUCCUCGCGCCCCUCUUCGUCUACCUCUUCAUUGGCACGUCGUUCCUGCUCGCGGGCUUCGUGUCUCUGUUCCGGAUCAGAACCAUCAUGAAACACGAUGGCACGAAGACGGAGAAGCUGGAGAAACUGAUGGUGCGCAUUGGGGUGUUCAGCGUCCUUUAUACCGUUCCGGCCACCAUAGUGAUUGCCUGCUAUUUCUAUGAACAAGCGUUCCGUCCCCAGUGGGAAAAGACCUGGCACUUGCAGACGUGCAAACGCUUCGCUGUGCCAUGCCCGGCGCACAACUUUGCGCCAGUGACCCCGGACUUCACAGUUUUUAUGAUUAAGUACCUCAUGACAAUGAUCGUGGGCAUCACCUCCGGCUUCUGGAUAUGGUCAGGAAAAACCCUGCAGUCCUGGCGCCGAUUCUACAAACGACUCAGCAACAGCAACCAGGGAGAGACCACAGUAUGAGCCGCGAGAGUGGUCGUCUUCAUUCAGGUUGUAACCUCUGAAAGUUCGCUUCGUCUACAACAGUUAAUCUCGGAGCCAUAGCUACAGUCACGGAUCCCACGCUCCAAACGGAGAAGUUGGGACAGGACAAUGGCAAAACACGGCAAACAUAGUGGGAAGGAAUCAAACAUGCAAACUAAGCUGAUUUCGAUUCUCUAAGUUUCAUUUAAAGGAAUGAAAGGCUAUGGACACUCUAACGUGCCACGCUGUUUUGUUUUCUGUUAUGUGUUAUAAUUUGUAAAACAUCUGACCACCAGGCCAGAAGAACAUUCAAUGUUAUUCAAAUCUGUCUUAAUUAUUUGUUGUAUUACGUUUAUAUUCUUAAAAACAGGACAAUAUAUUUUGACUUUGUAUCACGAAACAAGAUUCACACAGGGUUGUCUGUAGUUUUAUAAAAUAAAUAGACAAAUGCAUAUUUCAUUUAAUUCUGCUAAGGGCAUGGUACGCGCUCAGUCAGCUCAACAGUAGGUGCGAUCCCUUGCCCAGAAAACAGAAUGUUUGCCUUAUACGUCCUUCUGUUUAUUUGGCAAAAUUGUUGGAGUUUCGCAGCCACCCACUGACAAUCAUGCAUACCUCUACAAAUUGACGGACUGCUCUGCGUCCUGAAUCCGGAUAGUAUUAUGCAUGUGUACAGCUGUGAGAUUAUGCAAGCUUUUUAAACAACAUAUUGUAAAUACUCACAUUUUCUCAAAGAAUAUAUGUAUUUAUGACAAUAAUCUUGCUGUUUUUUACUUGAUUUUCAAAAAUGCGGUAAGAUACCAUUUGUAUGUGUACAGUGUCACUGAAUAAAACAAUUAGAUUUUUAAAA